CUAUCAAGAUGGCAGCAUCCAAUAAGGGGCAACCUGAGCGCCGUCUGCCAGUGCAGCAGAUGUGUGUACUGCCGAUCGCGUUCACAUCAGUCUUUCCAUAUCUGCCAGAGAUGAUUGAAAGUCUAGGUGUACCGGAAGCUGAGGUCGCGAGGUGGGCAGGUAUCUGUGUCUCAAUGUUUCCCUUAGCUCAGUUCUUGACUGCUGUAUCCUGGGGCCGUGCUAGCGAUCGUUAUGGCAGAAAACCAGUCAUUUUACUCUCGUUGACUUGCACCAUGAUCACAUCUCUUCUCUGGGGAUUCUCAAGUAGUCUUGGUAUGGCAAUAGCUGUGCGAGCACUUGCAGGAGCCGCCAACGGUACUGUUGGUAUCAUCAGGACUGCCGUUGCUGAAAUGGUACCCUGGAAGGAGCUUCAACCUCGUGCAUUUAGCGUCAUGCCUCUCGUCUGGAAUAUCGGCAGUAUCUUUGGUCCCACGCUUGGAGGCGCUCUUGCAAACCCAUACCAUGUCAAAGCUGGUCAGCCUCUCUCGGACAAUCCUGCAUUUUUCGAGCGUUUCCCGUAUGCGCUGCCGAACAUGCUUGCUGUCAUUCUAUUUUUGUUAGGUAUUACUAUAGGAACACUGUUUUUGGAGAAAGAUCGUCGCGACUACGGGCUUGAAUUGGGAUUGAGAUUAAAGUACUACACAAAGCAUGUGUUCAGAAAGACCAAAAACCUGUUCAGCCAUGCAAGUGAUCACGAAGAUUCGGAGCGAGAGCCACUCCUUAAGCCACAGCUCGCACCUUCCUCGGCUCCUGAUGAAGAAACAGGAGCACAAGCGACACCCAAACCAACACUCCCUCCACCCAGCUUCAGCGAAGUGCUUCAUUAUCAGACCAUCAUCAAUUUGAUCGUCUACACCCUCCUUGCUCUUCAUAACAUUGCUUUCGACCAACUGAUACCCAUUUUCAUGCACCACCCUGUGCAAGACCAUUCAGCCGAUAACCCCGACUUUGAGCCUCCUUUCAAGUUCGCUGGUGGAUUCGGGCUUGAUUCUGGCAGUAUCGGAUUCAUCUUCACGCUCUACGGCAUCUCAGGGAUGUUCGUUCAAUUCCUCAUCUUCCCACCAGUCGCACGGAGAUAUGGCGUGGUCAAGUGCCUUCGUGUUUGCGCAAUUUGCAUGCCAAUCAUAUACUUCUUCGUCCCUUUUACUGCUCUUCUGCCCGACAGGACCAGUCAACAGGUGGCAAUCUUUAUCAUGAUGAUCAUCAAGGGUUUUUUCUCCACUUUCGCUUUCCCUUGCUCGACCAUCCUUCUCACGAAUUCUGCCAGCAGUUUACGUAUCCUGGGCACCUUGAAUGGUAUAGCUACGAGUGUCGGCGCUGUAGGACGAGCGCUUGGUCCAGCAAUCGGAGGUUCGACCUUUACGUACGGCGUCAAGAUUGGUUAUGUCAUCUUGCCAUGGUGGGUACUGUCCUCCAUAGCCGCACUUGCAGCCAUACCCUCCUUUUGGGUUGUAGAAGGCGAAGGCUUUGGUGGUGACGCCGACGAUGUCGAGGAUGACGAGGAUAGCAUCGUCCAGGAGGACGAGCAAGAAGCUGAGUAUGGCGACCCUGGCCCUCUACUCAGUCGUACCGAUACCAUGUCCUCGGACGUCAUCUCGGAGGAUGAACGCACAUAUGAUUCCGAUGAUACUGCUCGUGAGAUCACGAGAUCACCACAGAUCAGGAGUAGGCGUGCAUCAGGUAGCAAUCGCCUGUCACGUCGCCCCUCAAGAAAGAUGUCUGCUCCAAUUGGUAUGGAGAACCGCACCAUCUCAAGACGAUACAGUAGCAAUCUUGGACAGAGUUUUGGAAGUGCUGGAAGCUAUAACCCC